AUGCCGAACAUCAUCAACGAAGUCAAGUUGGACUUCAAAGACGUACUGCUCAGGCCGAAAAGGAGCACGCUCAAGUCCCGGGCCCAGGUGGAUCUGUUUCGACACAUUACGUUUCGUAACUCCAAGCGCACAUAUCAAGGUAUACCGAUGAUGGCAGCUAAUAUGGACACAAUUGGAACGUUUGAAAUGGCAGCUGCUCUGGGAAAACAUGGAGUUUUUACUACAGUUCACAAAUAUUAUGAGCUUGACGAAUGGUUAGAGUUCGCCAAAAACAAUAAAGAUAUUCUACCGCAUAUGGCUGUAUCUUGCGGCACAAAUGAUUAUGAAUAUGAAAAACUAGAAAGUAUACUGAAAGCUAUACCAGAAAUAUCUUUUAUCUGCCUCGAUGUUGCUAAUGGUUACACUCAACAGUUUAUCGAUAUAGUACGAAAAACUCGUUCUGCAUACCCUCAACAUACGAUAAUUGCUGGAAAUGUGGUUACUGGUGAAAUGGUUGAAGAAUUAAUUUUAUCUGGAGCUGAUAUUAUAAAAGUUGGAAUUGGUCCAGGAUCAGUAUGUACUACUCGUAUUAAAACUGGUGUAGGAUAUCCUCAGCUGAGUGCGGUCAUAGAAUGUGCAGAUGCUGCUCAUGGGUUACAAGGCCAUAUUAUUUCUGAUGGCGGAUGUGUUUGUCCUGGAGAUGUUGCCAAGGCAUUUGGAGCUGGAGCAGAUUUUGUUAUGCUCGGUGGGAUGCUAGCUGGACAUGAUCAAAAUAGUGGUGAACUAACUAUCAAACCAAAUGGUACAAAAUGUAAACUAUUUUAUGGUAUGAGUUCAUUAACAGCAAUGAAAAAACAUGUUGGUGGUAAAGCUGAGUAUAGAGCUGCUGAGGGUAAAGCUGUUGAAGUACCAUAUAGAGGUGAUGUGAAUGAUACUAUUCUAGAUAUACUUGGCGGUCUUCGUUCAGCUUGUACAUAUACUGGAGCUCAUACUUUAAAAGAGUUGCCCAAGCGUGCAACGUUUAUAAGGUGCACUCAGCAAAUUAAUUCUAUAUACUCAAAUAUAACUACUCAAGAAUAAGUGUCAAUAUUCUUAUAUCUGAUGUAUACUUGAUUGCAUGAUGUACUUUAUGCUUAUUUGUGCAAGUUUUUUUUAUUAAUUUUAUAGAAUCACUUAUUCCAAAUUAAAAAUUUACAUUAUUUGAGUUAUUUUAGGAUAUGAGUCUGUUUUAAAAGGUUUUACUGAAAU